AGGAAGACGCGGCGUUAUAGUUAUUGUACCUGGACCAAUCAGAGCGAAGAAAUGGGGCGGGAACACAGCGAGUGGGUAGCAACAGUUGCCUGGGUGAGGACGAAGCGCCAUAGCCACGGUAGUCGUGGUGACAAGAACCCAGCAACGAGAAUCAACAACAACAACCCGAUUCAUUGAAAAAAGCAUUAAAUCAAAAGUACCGCUGGAAAAGUCACUCGGAAUAAGAGUCCAGGGGAACCCAAUGGCAACUCCAGUUUAUGUGAGAGAGCUGCAGCAGACCUCCCAGCCUCAGGGAGGUGGUGUGACUCCCACAUCAGGGCAGGCUGCCACCGUGACAGCAGCUCCCCAACAAUUCCUGGCCGAACUUCAGACUACAGGGGCCACACCUUCAGCGGCCCCAUCCACCGGCCAGACCACGCCCCCUCCCUCACAAGCACAGAAGAGCCAGGCAAUCGUCCAGGCACCACCCGCACAAGCCCCGCCCACUCAGACUCAAUAUGUCACAGCUGAGAUUCAGAGCUCACCUACGCAGUCCAGCAAUGCUCAGAAUACACCACAGUACAUUGUUGUCACAGUUACAGAGGGUUCUCUUCAUUCCAGUGACUCUGUGUCAGAUUCUAGUCCUCCUGCUGCUGUAGUCCAGACUGGAGUUCCUACGCAGGUGGUGCAGCAGGUUCAGGCCGCACAACAGAGGUCAGUAGUUCAAGCCACAUCUCAGACAACGAAAACCGAACCGAGCCCCCAGCUGAAUGUCGCCAGCCUACAAUCCGUGCACCUGACACAGGAGGUACAGCAGCAGCUCCAACAGGUGCCAGUCCAGCAUGUGUAUACUAACCAGGUGCAGUAUGUGGAAGGAGGAGAUGCUAGCUACAGCACCAGCACCAUUCGUUCCAGCAGUUUCCCCUACACAGAGACCCCUCUGUAUACCCAGACCACUGCUGGACAGUACUACGAGAGCACCCCUGCCUCCGGUUCUGAGGCCACGUCCCCCGGCACCCCUCUCACCGUCUCCGUGACAACUGGAUCCCCUGGGGUGUCCAUGUUUGUGGCGGGGACAGGGCAGAUCGUGGCCAAUCCCACGACGGGGGCUGUAGGUGGAGUCACAGCUGUAGUGGCAGCCACGGGGACAUCAGCGAACGGUUCUGGAGAUUCCGGGGGCGAGGCUAACGGUGGCAGCGGGAGCUACGUGAUUCAGGGCGGCUAUAUGCUGGCCGGCAGCGGCACCAGCAGCAGCGGAAACGGUCACGGUUACCCGCACCCCACCCGUGCCUCUCCGUCCACCGUGAGUAUAAACGAAGGCGAGGACAAUAGCGUGCCGUCGGCAGACAAAAAGCUGUCCUCUGGCCCUCAGGUGCAGUGGUUGUUGGAUAAUUAUGAGACAGCAGAAGGGGUGAGUUUGCCCCGGUCCACUCUCUACUGCCACUACCUGCUGCACUGUCAGGAGCAAAAGCUGGAACCUGUCAAUGCAGCGUCCUUUGGAAAACUCAUCCGCUCGGUGUUCAUGGGGUUGAGGACCAGACGUCUCGGCACACGAGGGAAUUCCAAAUAUCACUACUAUGGACUGCGGAUCAAAGCGAACUCGUCUCUGCUCCGACUGAUGGAGGACCAGCAGCACCUGGCCAUGAGGCAGCAGCCCUUCUCUCAGAAACAGAGGUUGAAGCCGGUACAGAAGGUGGAGGGAAUCACUAACGGGAUGUCUUCAGGAUCUGGACAGCAACAGCAGCAGCAGCAGAGCUCGGGUCUGUCGGACAUCAGCACCCAGGUCCAGCAGUACCAGCAGUUUCUAGAUGCGUCCAGAGCUCUCCCCGAAUUCCCUGAUGUUGACCUGCAGGGUAAAGCUUUACCAGAGGGCAUUGAGCUGGAACAUCUCAAGAGCUUUCAGCUGCUCUACAGAGAACACUGCGAAGCCAUUCUUGAUGUAAUGGUCAACCUUCAGUUCCCUUUGGUGGAGACUCUUUGGAAAACAUUUUGGAGGUUCAGUGAAAGUCAGGCAGGAGACUCAGCAACACUAGCUGUACAUGAUGAGUCGGAGAAGAGGCUGCCCAAGUCAUGUUUGGUGCAGCUCUGUAAAUAUGAUCCAGUGCUUCGCUGGAGUCGUGACUGCGACAACACACUGUACCAGGGCCUGGUGGAGAUGCUCAUCCCAGAUGUUCUGAGACCUAUUCCCAGUGCCUUAACACAAGCCAUCCGAAACUUUGCCAAGAGUCUUGAGAGCUGGUUGACUAACGCCAUGAUGAACAUUCCUGAAGAGAUGGUUCGUGUCAAGGUGACGUCUGCAAGCGCUUUCGCUCAGACUCUGCGCAGAUACACCUCUCUAAAUCACCUGGCCCAGGCAGCUCGUGCCGUCCUGCAAAACACAGCACAGAUCAACCAGAUGCUCAGUGACCUCAACAGAGUGGACUUUGCCAAUGUGCAGGAACAGGCCUCUUGGGUGUGCCGGUGUGAGGACCGGGUGGUGCAGCGGCUGGAGCAGGACUUUAAACUGACCCUUCAGCAGCAGAACUCUCUGGAGCAGUGGGCAGCCUGGCUGGAUGGUGUGGUCUCGCAGGUCUUAAAGCCGUACCAGUCCAGCUCUGCCUUUCCAAAAGCAGCUAAACUCUUCCUGCUGAAGUGGAGUUUUUACAGCUCGAUGGUGAUCAGAGACCUGACUCUCCGUAGUGCUGCAAGCUUCGGCUCAUUUCACCUAAUCCGUCUGCUCUAUGAUGAGUACAUGUACUAUCUGAUCGAGCACAGAGUUGCCCAGGCCAAGGGUGAAACUCCCAUUGCGGUCAUGGGAGAGUUUGCAAGUCUUGGCCGAAGUCUGAACCCACUCGAUCCUGAUAAAGAAGAGGAAGAGGAGGAGGAAGAAGACAGUGAGGAUGAGUGUCAGGAGUUGUCUCUGCAGUCUGAUAUGGGCGCUAUCGGUGACGAAUCUCUGGAACCGCCCGCCAAGCUGGCUCGAACCGAUCAGAGGGUGCUGUUCACCACAGGAAGCAUGGAUAACUGAGAACUUAAACACACACACACACACAUGAUACAAGCACACACUCCACAUGAUAAUCACCCCUCAUUUGUGCACUUAAACCAACACAUGCAUCUAAAAAACAUAAAUGCUGCAGCUUACAUAUUUACACAACAUUUCAGAUGUUCGUAUGUACAUUUCCAUGCCUGUCGAUGUCUCAAAUGCACAUAUACACAAGAAACAUUCACUGAAACACAGAGACACACACGCUCAUAACAUGAACGCGAUAAUCGAUAAACGUAUCAUAUCGAGAUCUUAGACUGGGUGUAUCGCUCACUAAGAAUAGCCCUCGAAUCUAAACCUGAUUCUGUGUCUAUAGCUGUUAAGACGCAAGAACACAAAUGAAAACUGCUGCAACUGGAUCCUAAGAGUCGUUCGUGACGGACUGAACUCUGAUUGGCUACUGAAACCUGAACGAAACCGUCAGAAUACCUAUAAGGGUUGUUUAGGGAGAAAAGAAAAGAUGGACUGUAAGUGUGCGUGUUGUGUGUUGAUGUAUACUUUCUGCCUAUCCGUGUGUUGUUUGUGUGAUGGUGAGUGACCCGGGACCUUAUCGUUUUAUUGGCUAAUGGCUAGCGCGAAUGCGUGUGUUUUUGUGCAUGUGCGAAUGACCGUUCGUGGAUUUCAAAAUGUGUUGAUAGUUGUUUUGGUCAGUGGUACCAUUUUUUUUUUAGUUCUUGAUGCCUUCAGUGACUGCCAUGUCAUUAAAUGUUUAAAGAAUAUUAUAGCCCAGCUCUUUAAAAACUCGAUUUCCCAUGAGUCUACUAGGUGUAAGUGAUUCAGCUGGGUUCUGUCAAAAAAAAAAAAAAAAAAAAAAAAAAAAAAAAAAAGAUUCUAGGGCUAGUAUACAUACCUCUGCAAAUGACAGCAGUUUGCCAGAAACGAGAGGAAGUUUUUUUUCCCAGUAUGUCUUUCCUCUCUUCUUUUUUUCCCCCCUUGUUUAUUUAUUUAUUUAAAAAUUUUGGGCCUUUUUUGUUGCACUUUUUCAUCUUGAGCUUGGUACAAGACAUUAGAUGUUUCUGUCCUUUUUCUUUGUUUAAUAUGGUCACAUGGUGACAAUCUUGAUGUGUACAGCAUUGUCUAACACUGUUUAGUGCAUAUUUGAUGGUUUGCUGUGAAUUUGAGAUUUGGGUCGAGAUAUUUUACUAGAACCCUUCAAACAAACUUGACACCACUGCCCAUAUAGCUAGGACAUGUAAAAGUAGAGAGCGAAAAGAUCUUUCUGCCCUGUCCUUCUCAAGACUCAUUCGUUUAAUCCUUUUCUUGUGUUGUGGCAUUAAUGAUUAUUGAUUGAUCAAUUUGAGAGACCUAAAGUACAUUAAAACUAUAUCCCAUAUCAUUCAACAUAUGUAAACAAUGAUUAUUGCUGCUGUAUAUCUGAUGGGAGUGUUGAGCAGCGCACAAGAUGCUGACUGAUCUCAAACCAGCAUAUAAUGCUUAUCUUGAUAGAACCACAGGAAACAUAUCACAAGCUCUGUAGAUCUUCUCUGUAUGACAGCCAUAACAAAAUGAAUUUCCCUUUUCACUUUUUUUGAAGUUGUUUUCAUUUCUUGCUUAAAAAAAAAAACGAACACAAAAAAGUGUGGCAGUGUUUUGAGUAAUCUAAACCAUGAGAAUGGAUGUGCCUUUGCCGUUAUCAAAUUGAAUCCAGAUGUUUUUCAUUUAAAAUAUGAAUAAAUUAAUAAUUUCUAAAAUUGUGAAUUGUUUCAAA